UGUUUAGAAAAUGAAAAGGAUUGUGUUCCCUAUUUAAUGGCCAUGCUCAGAAAGAAUGUCAUCAGAGGACCUAGAGGCCAAGAUUCAUCCGACGCUCAGCUGAGCCAGGCCAGCAGCAGCACCCACAUUUCUCCAUGGCCCUCAUGCUCUCUCUCCUUUCCGCCCUGGUGGUGUUCAGCUAUGGCCACGGUGGGUCUCUGGGCUGCAACCUGACUGUGAACCACGAUUUGGUCAGCAGGGAGAACUUCUUGCUUCUGGAUCAGAUGAGGAGAAUCUCCCCUUCCCUGUGUCUGGAUGACAGAAAAGACUUCAGAUUCCCCCAGCAGGCGGUGAAUGGCAGCCAGGUCCAGAAGACCCAGGCCAUCUCUGUCCUUUACGAGAUGCUAGGGCAGACCUCCAGAGUCUUCCUCACAGAGCAGUCCUCUGCUGCCUGGAACACGACCCUGCUGGACAAGCUCCUCACUGGACUCCAUCGGCAGCUGGAAGACCUGGAACCCUGUUUGGUGCAGGAGGUGGGACAGGAAGAAUCUGCCGCUGGGAAGGACCCUACAGCGGACGUGAAGAGGUACUUCUUGGGCAUCCGUCUCUACCUGAAACAGAAGAAAUACAGUGACUGUGCCUGGGAGGUUGUCAGAGAGGAAAUCAUGAGUUCCUUCUCUUCAUCAACAAGUUUGCAAGAAGGGUUAAGAAAGAAGGAUGGAGACCUGGGCUCACCUUGA